AUGGAAGAUUGGUGGAUCCCAAUAACAAGGAGAAAGUGCGGUGUAAUUUUUGUGGCCAUGAGAGUACCGGAGGUAUCCAUCGCUUCAAGCAUCAUAUUGCCCAAGAUUCAAGUAAGGUGCUUAAAUGCAAGAAAGCACCACCAGAAGCUAAAGAAGCAUGCUUGA